CCCCCCGCAACCCAAGAACCCCAACACCAACACCAACCCUCCCCCGAACCCUCAAACCAAAGCAAAGAAACCCUCGAAGCCAAAACCGCAUUCACCGCGACGCUGCGCUCGGUGGGCGAAAACCACGAGACGCAGAUCCGCGACCGCGCGCGCACGCUACACGCCAACGCGUCCGCGCUCUCGCGACAGGAGACCGAGCUGCAGCGGACGACGGAGGCGCUGCGGAAGCAGAACGACGGGUGGGCGAAGGUGGCGGAUCAGGCGCGCGACGGGCUCAAGGAGAUCGGGGACGUGCAGAAUUGGGCGGAGUUGAUUGAGAGGGAUUUGUUGGUUGUGGAGGAGACGGUGAGGUUGGCGGAGGAGAAGGAGAAUGCGAUGCAGGAGGAGGGGAGGGAGGAUGAGGGGGGAGAGAGGGGAGGGAAUGGGGAUGCAGAUGGAGAUGGGAAGGAUGUGGAUGGUGGGAAGAAGGGGAAGGGGAAAGGGAAGGGGUGGUUGUGGUGGUGA